CCACUCAGGUGUCUGAAGACCUCAGCUGGGCACAUCUGACCGGGGCAGUGCCAACAUGUCUGUGGCUUUCCUAGUGGACAUCCCGGAGGAGUACAGCCCCAGCGAUGAUCGUGAUGUACACAGUUCCUUCUGCAGUGUUAUUGAAGAUGCAGAACAGGACGCCUUGCUGGAGCUGCAGGAACGUAGCGUGUGCACAGGCCACAGAUCUCAGAGACAUGAUGACCGCAACGUGGCCACCAUGAGAAUCCUUGCCGACAUGCCAAGUCGCACAAUAGGACGCUGCAAGGGAGCCAUGCUGUCCGAGUAUUGUAACCGCACGGUCAGGAGGAGGCAGUCGAAGAAGCGGCCAUCACUGUACACCAUGGAUCGCAGUGCCAGACCCAGCCUGCGGCAGAGGGACGAGGUGGCAGAGGGAGAAGAGGAGCAUCAAAGGCUGCUGGUGUUGGAGCUGCAGAAGACGUCGGGCGCCCAGAGGACUCGCCUGCUGAAGAGUUUCCCUUUAAGUCUCAAUGUGAAAAGGCAGUUGAGGUACUUGACCUUAGACGACAGUUUCAUUCGGAAGAGGAGCAGUGCCAGCCCUUGCUGCAGCAGCGUCGCAGACGGCAUCGGCAUGGCCACGCACAAGUGUUGGCUGUCCUUCCUGUCUAUGCUGUUCGCCCUGCGGCCCUGGCACGUGGCCCUCAAGCAGAUCGGAGGGCGUUUCGGCUCCAGCGUCCUCUCCUACUUCCUCUUCCUGAAGACUCUCCUGGGGUUUAAUAUCUUCAUGAGCCUCUUGUGCCUCCUGUUCAUCGUCACCCCCCAGGCCGUGCAUCCGCACGACGCCCCGAACCCUCGUUCCUUCACCAGCCUGGAGUUCCUGACGGGGGCGGGUUAUUUCUCGGACACGGUGAUGUAUUACGGCUAUUACAGCAACGUCACCCUGAACGAAGGCUGUUCUCCCGAGUACAACGCGUCCGCCUGUCCCGCCGUCAAGCCUGCCUGGCUUCCCUAUCACAUGCCAUUGGCGUUCCUGUUCACUGUAGGACUCGUCUUCCUCAGCACCUGCAUCAUUUUGGUGUACAGGAUGUCGUGUUCAUUUGGUGAGAGUUUUAGGGUCGGCUUCUUCUCCGGAGCCGUGGCUCUGAAAGUGUUCGGUUCUUGGGACUUCAAAGUGAACCGGAUCCGAUGUGUGCACAGGCAGAAGGAGAACAUUUACAUGCAGCUGAAGGAGCUGCUGAGCGAGCUGAUGUGCGAGCGCCGUCCUGAUCUCAGGAAGAAGAUGCAAACCAUCUGCAUUCACGUCUUCUCCUGGACUCUGUGCAUGGCCAGCUGGUUGGGCUCCGCCGUGGCCGUCUACGUCCUUUCAGAGUAUCUGCACAAGGAUCAUCGGGCGCGGAUGAGGAGUGAGAGAGACCUGGAGGGGGAAGCCAUGUUCCUGUUGCUGCCGUUGGCCGUGUCUCUGUGUAACCUUUUACUGCCGUACAUGUAUCACGCCCUGCGGCGCUGGGAGCGCCUGGACUCUCCUAUACUGGAAGUGUACAUUGCCAUCUGCAGGAAUCUUAUGCUGAAGAUUGUCGUCCUCGGCGUUCUGUGUUACCACUGGUUAAAAAGGAAGGCCAAUCACGCGGAGUAUAAGUGCUGGGAGACGCUGGUGGGUCAGGAGUUGUACCGCUUUGUCAUCAUGGAUCUGAUUUUCAAUCUGCUGGACACUCUGUUUGGAGAGCAGCUAUUGAGGUUUAUUCAGCAGAAGAGACAGAAGAAUGAGAAGUACCGCACCGAGUUUGACAUCGCCCGCAAUGUUCUGGAGCUGAUUUAUGGGCAGACGUUGGCAUGGUUGGGCGUUCUGUUUUGUCCUCUGCUUCCCGUUAUCCAGACCUUGAAAUUACUUCUGCUGUUUUACGUCAAAAAGACCAGCCUGAUGGAGAACUGCCGAUCGCCCAGCAAGCCAUGGAGGGCGUCUCAUAUGAGUACGGUGUUCCUGACUCUGCUCUGCUUCCCGUCUUUUCUCGGAGCGUCCGUGUUCCUCUCCUACACUGUGUGGUCGGUAACACCCUCGAAAUCCUGCGGCCCCUUCCGAUCUCUCAGCACAAUGUACGAUGCCGGCAAAGUUUACAUCAGGCAGCUGGCAGUCUUGAACCCUCGCCUGAGCUGGGUCAGCUGGAUCCACCACUACCUCUGGGAGAACACGUUGUUCAUAUUCGUGGCGUCUGCAGUCCUGCUGGUCGUCAUCUACUUCCAUAUCCAGAUUGUAAACGGACAAAGAAAAGUCGUCAACCUGCUGAAGGAGCAAAUCGCCAAUGAAGGUGAAGAUAAACGCUUCCUGAUUGAAAGACUCCAUUCAGUGUACGAGAAGAAGGGCGGCAUUCGCCGGGGGCAAAAAUCACUGCAGGCCAGGGAAGGUGAAGAUAAACGCUUCCUGAUUGAAAGACUCCAUUCAGUGUACGAGAAGAAGGGCGGCAUUCGCCGGGGGCAAAAAUCACUGCAGGCCAGGGCGCAGUUUGAUGCCUUUGCGCAGCCCACGCUCCGGCGCGCCCCCCACAUGGCUCCGAACCUCGCUAUUUAUAAUGGUGGAGCAAUCCUACGAACGGUUACUAUGACAACUGCAGAGAGGCAAUGCGUGGAGAACGGAAGAGUUCCGUUUCACCCGUCAUACGCCACAUAUAGUAAAGAUCGCUCGGGUAAACGCAGCGACGCUUCGCACACACGCACCGCAUUUCCUGCCUACAGCAACUAUGACAUCGUCGUCGUCGUCGUCGUCGUCGUGACCGAUUAUAUAUUCAUGUGCAGAGACGGAUGGGGGAGGAAGAUCCCUCGAAGCUCCCGAGAUGCGUCUGUGAUGUGUGUGUGGAGCCGGCCAGGGGAAGGAAAGUAUCUUCUGUCCAUACGAUGCAACGCAUUUAGAAUCCGGUGA